GGCAGAUAAGCUUAUAAUACUGCUGAGGUGUAUCUGACAAGGUGUUGGUUGAAUUUCUAUUGUUAGUCGAUGGAACUAACCCACAUACGAGAAAGUCUGCACCAAAAUCCAGUCCAAACGGAUUUAUUAAAAAUCAGUACCGCAAUGCAGGAGGAAUCAGCAAAUAUUCAAAAGCAAAUGCUGAAUAAUGGACGCCUUUUUAACGUAAUAAGAAAAUUUAAGACAUCUGAGGAAAAAUGUAAGAACAUCACAAAAUAUUUAGAGGCGGGAGCUAACAUAAACGCUGCAGAUGCAAAUGACAAAUGUAAUACGCCAUUACACAUUGCAGUAAUUAAUGCAGAUUGGAAAGUAGUAAAUUUCCUCUUAGAUAGAGGAGCUAAUAUUUCAUUAAAAAAUAGCGACAAUCAUACAGCUUUAGACGUUGCUCUGCUUUUAAAAAGCAGUCAGGGUAAAAAAAAAAUAAACCAUUUAACAAAUAUCGCUAAAGACAAAGAAAGUGACCUACGAAAACGCGGCAGCGUUGUUGAUUCGAAACCAUCUGAAGAAGUAACUGCAAUACAGGAGCCGGAGAAAUUGGUUAAAGAUACAGAACAUAACAAGAUCAAUAAAUGUUAUCAAUAUCGAAAAAGAAAAGGCACAUCUGGACUAGGAGGCCAUUUAUAUGAAAGUAAACUAUUGUGUCUUAUUCUGCUUAGAGCUUUGAACGAUGAUGAUAUUACCGAGUUUUAUCUAGCAACUAAUGUUUCGGGCCUGGGAGCCUUUGACGACAUUGUUUUUAAAUACAAAACGAAAUAUGUUGAAAGACCAAGAAUAAUAUUUCUGCAAGCCAAACAUAGAGACGAUCCCAAAAAAGACCAAGUUUCAAUUAACGAUAUCUUAAAGGAUAAUGGAGAUUUUAGUUUACAUAAAUAUCUAGAAAGUUACAUAGAGGUCGUACAGAAAUUCCAGUCGGACAGCGAAAAUGAAAUAUUUGGAAGCUCCUUUGUGGAUACAGACUGUGAAUUCAUAAUAUUCACAUCUGCGGUGGAAAAUCUUUGUGAUAGAGGAACAGCGCUCAUCACUGAUAAAGAGAGUUACGUGACAACAAGUGACAGUGGGAAAAUACUUCAGUUUCAUGCUAAGGAAGCAGAAGUUAAAUGUUUGAUUCAAACAGUGGUUAAGUUGCGGGCAGUACAGUUAGCUAAACGACUGGCAGCAUUUAUUUUAAAAAAAUCUUGCAAAAAUAUGAUGACAGAUGAGAUAAUCAAAGUGUAUCAUGUAUUCCUGGCACAAAAUGUCAUAUCGGUAACGAAAGACAAUAAACCGAACAGUUCUUAUAAUAUCGGAAUAUUUAAGGACUCGUUCCUACAAGCGAACGACAAUGUAUUGCUCCUUAUGAAACAUACUAUUUGUAAGGAAUUAGGGAUUUUUAGAGACACAACACUGACUGACGAAACUGCUGCAUUAAAAUCAAUUAACUUCGAAUUACCGAAGAAUUUUGGUAACGUUACAUUUCAAAUUAAUGGAAACGAAAAUAAAAAGCUAAAAAGACUGAAUUACUUGUCUGGAAAAAUUCGAGAAAUAUUGCAAAAUGCUUCCAAGAGAGAUUCAUAUUUUGUCUUUGAGAUUACUGAAAAUGACAUCGGUGCAGGUAAAAUUUUACAAACCACAGAUUUGGAGUCAUACAGGCUUGGUGGUCUGGUAGGCAACCUACUUUUAUAUGAUCAAGAAACCAAAAUGCUAAAAUUUAAUGACGACGAACAUCACCUGACUGAUGACAGUUUAAAAUUAUUACAAGAAUUAAACACAAACUACAGCCUUAGCCAGUACAGAUUACAUGUAAAGAUCAAAAGCUUUUCUCAACUAUCACUGAUAGAAGAGGAAGACGACAGAAAGCUGGUGAAAGAUUUUUUAGACAAACUUAAAUUUUAUACCAAUCAACCCAAAGAGGAUGAAGUUGAAAACAUAAUAAAGGACGAAAUUUAUGAUACUCUUAAGUUGAACAGGGAUGAUUCGUUCAGUCGAGUUAAGUGUGAUGCAAUUUUGUUGAAAAUCCACGAUAAAGUUCAGAAGUGGUUGAAACAAUCCAACUGGACUCCAUAUUUGACGAAAACAUGUAAAUUUUACAUUGAAGCCAAGUGUGAUGCCUUGUAUAAACCAUUGCUGGCUAUCCUCAAUUAUACUUGCUGUAGAACAAUACAAAGCCUUGGAGCUACAUUUAAACCUCAUGCCAUCAAGGCACUAAAUGUUACAGAUUUUAUAAAAAAUGAUUCAAAAUUAAUGAUUAUUGUUUCACCCGAAAUUAACUUGACUAGCAUUAAAAUGAUACAAUAUUUUCAAGAAAAUGAUUUCAGCUUUAACUUUCUAAAAUUGGAAUCGACCAUGAAUAAAAGCUACAUAGAAACAAUAGAAAGGGAGUUAAAAGAUGCCUAUUUUUCUGUAUUGGUGUUAAUUGAUGCUAUUGGCAAGAAUGUAUUUGAUGUUACAUUUGAUGUAGUGAGAAGGGCAUUUCAAGGUAAAAUUAUAGUCAUUACUGAUGCCGAUUAUGCCAUAGAAAACUUGGAAACCGGAACUAACGAUAUUAUUCGAAUAUUAGACAAUAAUAACAACUUUGGAGAUCUUGAAGAUGAUGUGCAAAGAAUGAUUACUGAGGAACGGGAACUAAUAUUUCAAGGAGAAAGAGUAUCCGUAGGUAGUAUAUUGACCUACGAUUUUUUACAGACUAUUAAACCAAAAACUGUCUAUCAGUUAAUUAAGGGUAAAACAAUUUCGAUGGGCAAAUCGCCGAAAGACGCUGUUUACGAUAAAAGCGUUGACUUCUAUGUGCAUCAAGAGAGCUUUUAUAUGGAGUGUGAAUGA